CUUUAUGAAACGAAAAAUUAUAUCUGACCUAUUCCUUGCAAUCCAAUGCGUUAUCUAGCAAGCCCAAAAAAUUGCUCGAUUUGAAUGCCAAACUGAUGUAGAGCCAUUAAGUUCCAAAGCUAGGCAAUCAAGGAGAAGCAGCCAAGAUGCCAAAGGCACCCAAGUCCCUUAAACAAACCGUCUUAAAAACAAACAGGAUGACUUCAACUCCACAAGCAGCCGGUGCUAGCAGAUUUGGUUCAAAACGAGGAGCAACGCACUCGCAUCUCUAUACGGAUGACAAUCCUGAGACUACCCUACAUGGCACAGGAUUCAAGGACUCAGACACCGCUAGACACACAAUAAAGAUUGUCAGCAAACGGAGCUUAGCGUAUCAGUUCCAGACUAUCAACCCAAUGUAUCACCGCGCAAAAGGACAUCCAAACAAGACUCCUGGCAUUAAGGCCGCAAUGUCAAUAUUCGGAGAGUGGCUCACUAUCACAUAUCCGAACGCAAAGAAGUCGCUACGGGCCUCGGCCUUCAAGCCAGUCCUGAGCAAGGAAAUCAUGUCGGCGUAUGCAUCCAAGUGUCGAGCCGCCAUUUCAAAAGACGAUCUACGGUUCUUGGACGUAUACACUAGACUACCGACAAACAAACGCAUUACCAACGUGUUGCUAAACAAUUCAGAGCCCGGAGGGAAAGACUGGGAACAGGAACGAUACGACGUGCUCUGCAGGAUUGUGCCGGAGGGAAAAGAGGAAUUUAGUGAUUUUACUCUGGAAGAACUCUGGGAUACAGAGAGUCAGCCAACAGAUGUGCACCUUAGAUGGAUUGCGUGGGGAUGGAGCCCCGUUCCACACAGGACACUUGCGGGAAGAGCCAAAGCCCUCGUGUUGUAG